AUGAAGUAUCUUGAGUCAUGUGUGAAGACAAGGUACAUUCUCAGAGGUCAAUUGGCAAAAAUUGCACCGUUGGCAAAUGUCAAUAUCCGAGUCAACAUACCUACAGCUAAAGGUUCUUCACAUGACGACUAUGUUGUUGACAAAGACUUACCAUGGUUGAAGAUUGUCCACAACCACUUCAUGUUGAACGAAAGUCUUACAAACCCAUUCUUUGGUAAAAGUAAGUGCAACAUUGUCAGAGCUGUAAACAUUCUUUUCGAGAAAGGUUUGUUGGAACCAAUUCCAGAUGACAAGCUGACAGAAACUUUUGUACCAAAAGACGAAACAAACUUUUCAUUGUUAGCAAGACCAAAAGUUGUUCCAGACAAAGUUCUAGUACAAAAGAAGUACACAGUUCCACAAGGGGUUGGUAUGUUCGGAUACCAACCUGAACCAGAAGAACUUCCAAUGAGGUUGCAAGAACUUCAAGAUGCUAUAAACAAACUUCCAUUGAGACAUCCAAUUGACGUCAAAUUGUAUUGGAGAGCAUCUGAGUUAGGUCAGAAGGUUUUAUAUGAAACAGGUUGCUUCGACGAUGUUUAUGAGAUAACAGGAGAAGUUUCUCAGAAGAUAAGAGACUCACUUGAAUUUCCACAAACUGGACCAAUUGGUUGCGACAAGUUCGACUCAGAUGAAAAGAUAUACUAUGUCGACCUUAACGCUGCAUACAUGAGGUUUGUCCAAUAUAUUCCGACUGGAAUUCCAAACGAAGAUGGUGAGUUCCCAGGAAGGAACUAUACAGUUGGAAAAGUCAUACAACAACUGUAUGAUAUUAGGAAAGCUUCAAACCCCAAACUUGCAAUGACACUCAAAUUGCUUAUGAAUUCGACAUGGGGAUAUUCCAUUAAGAAACCUCAAGAGAUGAAGAGUAAACAUUAUGAGAAGUUCGACAACUUUGUUGAAAGGUUUUCUCCUUUUGUUUUGAAGUACGAAUUCACU